UGAUAAAAUGCUAAACAAUUGUCAUAUCAUUACUAAAUCCGAUGAUUAUUUCCACUGUUUUUGGCCUAAAUGUCAAUUCAAGACAAAAGUUAAACAACAGUUAACUUCACAUCAAUUAAUUCAUUCAGAAAUAAAACAAUUUAAAUGUGAUUUUAAUAAAUGCCACAAAAGUUACAAACAAUUUAAGCAUUUAAUUGAACAUAAAAAUAGAGUGCAUUUAAAUUUUAGAAUUGUUUGUAAAUUUAAUGAAUGCAACAAAAGUUUUGCAUCAAAAUCUGGUCUCGAUUACCAUGUACAAUCUUUUCAUUUGAAAUCCAAUAAAGUCUUGAACUGUUUUUGGCCUAAAUGUCAAUUCACUACAUCAGAUAAACAAUGUUUAACUUCACAUCAAUUAAUUCAUUCAGAAAUAAAACAAUUUAAAUGUGAUUUUAAUAAUUGUGAAGAAAGUUAUAAAUGGAGAGCACAAUUAGCUCAACACAAAAAUAUUGUUCAUUUAAAUGCCAAAAACAGUUCAAGACUUUAUUGGAUUUCGAAUGAAAGGAAAUUCAAAUGUAAUGAAGAAAAUUGUGGCAAAAGUUUUGGACAGAAAUCAGACCUAAAUCAACACAAACGCAUACAUUCGGGAGAAAAGCAAUUUGUUUGUCAUUUCAAAAAUUGUAUUAAAAGUUUUCACAGAAAACGUGAUUUAACUGAACACAUGAAAAGACAUUUGAAUAUAAAAAGCCAUAAAUGUAUUCAUAAUAACUGUAAUCAAAGCUUUGUUACGAAAUGGGAAUUAAAACAACAUUGUAAUUACAAACACGACAAU